AUGCGUGUACAAUUGAGCUUGGCCAAUGUAAUCAUUCCAAUUGCCAUCUUGGUAUUUGCUAUAGGUUUUUUUCCUUAUAAGCCGUUUCUGCAAGGCCUUGCGACGUUUGAGGAUGACGACUAUGGCGCGCCGCCGGAAGCUCCGUUUGACAAAAUCAUCUUCAUGGUUGUAGAUGCGUUGAGAAGUGUCAAGAAAGUGCUUGCUAAGGUGGAAGUUUGUAGCCUAAUAUCUUCGGGGGCUGCCAUUCCAUUUACAGCCCAUGCUACCUCUCCAACAAUUACGAUGCCUAGGGUUAAGGCAAUAACCACGGGAUCAGUACCAUCAUUCCUGGACGUGAUACUCAACUUUGCCGAGUCUGAUACGACGUCUACAUUAGCCCACCAGGACACAUGGCUCGCCCAAAUGAAAGCCAAGGGUAAUGGUAUUCAAGUCAUGUACGGCGAUGAUACCUGGCUCAAGCUGUUUCCUGAUACAUUUGGACGCUCUGAUGGGACCACCAGUUUCUUUGUUUCGAUUUGGAGUCAGGAUUUCACGGAAGUGGAUAAUAAUGUAACAAGACAUAUUCCAGAUGAGCUGCGCAACGAUGAUUGGAAUGCAAUGGUCAUGCACUAUCUCGGACUUGAUCAUAUCGGACACAAGGCCGGCCCUAGAAGUCCGAAUAUGAUUCCGAAGCAGAGAGAGAUGGACUCCAUUGUACAGACCAUCUAUGAAGCAAUAGAGACGGAGAAACAUCUUGAAUCUGUGUGCCUCGUACUCUGUGGAGAUCACGGCAUGAACGAUGCAGGGAACCACGGUGGAUCAAGCCCGGGCGAAACGUCUCCAGCCCUGGUGUUCAUUUCUCCUAAGCUGAGAAACAUCACAGAAGGUGUACUUUGCCCCGUGGACGGGUCCUCUGACGACCUUCAAUACUAUACGACGGUUGAGCAAUCUGACGUUGCCCCAACUUUGGCUGGACUUUUAGGAAUUCCAGUCCCAAAAAACAACCUUGGAGUGUUCAUUCGCCAGUUUUUGGGCUUUUGGAAAGCUGCGGACUCAAUUCAACUUCUGCAACGGAAUGCUUUGCAGCUUCGAAGAAUAGCAGAAGCAACAUAUGGCACUUCGCUGGAUGAGCCCUCUACGCCAAUAAGCUGUUCGACUGCUAGCUCGGAUGUUGAGGAACUUGCCUGUCUUUGGAAACGUGCCUCGGAUUUGACGCAAAUACAGCCAGGCAGUCCUCAGAGUGGCUCUGAGGCAGCAAUUGAUGCUCUCUUGAAAUUCUGUCAUAGGGCACAAAACAUGCUAAGCGGGACUGCAAGUAACUACAACCUCACAGCACUGAGCAUAGGGAUUGCGCUGGCAGCUGUUGCCGCUGGAUUAGCCGCCUAUGCCUGCUUACCACUGCUUUUAAAUUCUGUCACUUUCAGCAUUGGAUUUUCGGCAAUCUGCCUGGGAUAUGGCAUUAUGAUGUUUGCAAGCAGCUACGUUGAAGAGGAGCAGCAUUUUUGGUACUGGACUUCCUCUGCAUGGAUGGCCUACCUAUUUUUCCAAAGGCUUCGUUGUUCUCGAGGCACGACCGCAUCAGCACUCUCAGCAUUGGUUGUUCUUGGCGGCCUCAGGAUUACCCGACGAUGGAAUCAAACUGGUCAGAAAUAUGCAGGCGAACCAGACAUUGUGCGAGAAAUCUCCAAGCAUAAUUAUUUGCUCUGGUCAGCUGUCUUCCUGACUUAUCUUGACCUUAUGAGGCGGCUCUUGCGGAGGGCAUAUCAAAGGCUUCCUGCUCGGCUGCGCUCUAUCAUGGCAAUUACGCUGUGCUUCGCAGCCUUUAUGUUUAAACUUUCUUUCACCGAAGCCGAUGCGCCCGAGCUCCUCUCUGGAAUCAGAGUAGACCUUUUGUCGAAGUUGCACAACAGCUCGCUAGUCACUCAGGCUCGAAGCGUCUUUCUUGGGGUCGGGCUCUCAAUUCUAUAUACCGCUUUAUAUGAACGAAGCGCAAGGACCAUGAAUAUCAAAAAUUACACAAACUCGGCUGGCCAAGUCUUCCACGACCUUAUAACCCUCUUCCUUAUAACGCAGUCGCGAGUCACCAACAUCCCACUUUUCCUAGUCUUUGAAAGCCAAAUAAACCUCCUAGACUCGCUUGAACUAUCACCCUUUGAAAUAACGAUCACCUCCUUACUCUUCCAAUACGUCUCUUUCUUUGCAUUCGGUGGCACAAAUGCCAUUUCUUCCGUCGAUCUCUCUAAUGCCUAUAACGGGGUCAGCGGGUACAAUAUCGUAGGUGUCGGAGUGCUCACUUUUGUAAGCAACUGGACGGGACCAAUAUGGUGGAUGUCGGCAGGUAUCCUGCUAUUGCGUUCCCAUGCCGCGGCAAGAGCUGGUCGAAGCGCAGCCCCGAUCCAGCGCGGAGGUUUUCCAGGGAGAGAAAGCGAGCCAUCCGAUGGUAAGAAAGCAAUAUGGUCGUCCCAUAUUGCCCUUCUUUCGAUGUUUACCACAAUAAGUCUCCUUUCAGUCAUGGUUGCGUGCGCCGCUUUACGCACGCAUCUUUUUAUCUGGACUGUUUUCUCGCCAAAGUAUCUGUAUGCAAUGGCGUGGAGUAUUGCAAACCAUAUUCUGAUCAAUAUUCUCUGCGGCAGUCUGCUCUUCUGGUCAAAUUAGAAGUAGAUCUCAGAUUUGAGAAGAGCCAAUCGAGCG